AUGCCCGCCUCCGGCGGGCCCGCUGCGCUGCCGGCCUUGUGUGUGGCGCUGAUAGCUGGUCUGGACUGGCGAGCGGGCCCCCUCCAGCCUGGACCCGUGCCACGGAGUGAGGCUCUGGUGUGGCUCGACGGGGACGCCGACGCCGGCGUCGAGGCCUGGUUGACGGCUCCGACUCCCACGGGGGAAGAGUGGUGCGCUGAUCUCCCUCGCGGUGCUCUCGCCCGGGUGAGCUACGACGACGACGUCAGGGACCUCGAGCGUGUCGUGGUUUGGCCCUCGCGGCGAGGGGAGGCCGUCGAGCGGGUGGGUUUGCACUUCUACUGGGUCCUCUCGCCCGACGGCAACUGGUGGAGGGAGCUGCUCUCAGGGGCCUCACCUACCGACGGCCCUUCGGACGACGAGCGCAUCGCCGACGGGGGUGUCCCGCCUGCUGAUGGCCGGAAGCUGUGCAGCUUCCGCGAGCGGCCGACCCCUACUCGGCUCGUGGAGCCGGCCGACGGGUGCCGAUUGGCGAUGGAGGCUCGCGGGCAGGCGGCUGCCGGGGGGCCCGCCCACGUGGAGCUCGCCUCUGGCAUGCUGCUGGAAGGCGGGGAGGUGUCCCCGUGGGCCGCGCCGCCGUGGCCGUCGCACCGACUCCACGGGAGGCAGGGUCACGUCUGGGUGCUGACCGAGCCAGUGUUCGACCUGGACAUCGGCACGCUCGCGGACCCGUCGAACGAGACGCUCAUUGGCGCUGGAUUGGGUGCCCCAAGGCUUCGUCGCGGACGGGCGUUUCGUCGGGAGCUGGUGCCGCGGGACGGCGGGGCAGGCCGGGCGUCACGCCGUGUGGCCGAGCUGGGCCGUCUCCUGGAGGUGGCAGUUCCCGUGGCGACGCUCGGCUCCUCUCCCCCGGGCGGUGUCCUGGAUGGCGCCGCUGCCAGCGGCGCGGAGGGCGCUCCCGCCCGGGAUGGCGCUCCGUCGGCCGAUGCUUUGGCUGACGCCGCUCGAGAUGGCACUCGCACGUUCUGGAUCGAGUGGGACGGCCAAGGGGAGCGGUACAAGGGGUUCAGAGAGGCCGCGGACGAGUCGGCGGAUUGUGUCGAGGGCCACCAGCGUCAGGAGGACGGCCUGACUCGCCUGCACACCUGCAAGAUGAUGUACCACACGAUGGGCACCCCUCGGAGUUGGCUCGGGAAGUUCUUGAAUGACAAGUACGUCGUGCACGCCGACCGGGUCGCCCCUGGGCCCUGGCCGCCGAUGGAGGUGCUCGAGGAGGCCGUGUCCUUCGACCAGGCCAACCUGGGGGGGCUCGCUCUCCUUGUGGUGGCCGAGCGCCGGCUCAACGUGACCGUGGACGCCUACAAGUGCGCUGGCACCCCCUCGUUCGCCUCCGCCAAGUACUUGUCUCCGCUGGGCGAGUCAGACGAGUCGACGGCGCCGCCGCCGAGGAGCCACGUGGCCUACCGCAUGAAGGAGGCCUGUGGGGUCGAGCAGUCCGUGAUGAAGGCCGAGGCUGCGGACGCUCGUGUGACGCCGCACCCCGGGGCUCCCCCCGCCGGUCCUGUCAUGACCGAGAAGGCACAGCCGGGGGAGUGGGCCCCCCCCGGCUGGUACCACAAUCUGGCCCGCGCCUCACCGCUGCCGCCGUCCGAUUUUGAGAGAGACUUGUUCCCCGUGCCGAUGAUGGCUGCGCCGGGCGGCUCCGCCCGUGGGCGCAGGUCUCAGCAUAGGACUCGCGCUCGGCAGCGCGAGGUGGAAUUGGUGAAUCGCGCCCUCCGCAGCUUGAACUGGUUGGCCGGCUUCAAGGGCGCGGCUGCUUCACCGAGUCCGGGCGCAACGACCCUGGACAAGCAUGCAGCCCUUCAGCAGCACUUGCUUCGUGAAGCUCAUCGGCGACAGGCCGCAGCUCCGCAGGUGACGCCGAGGGCGGAGGCAGCCCUGAGGGAGCUGCUCCGGGGGCAGUCCGUGUACGAGACGGACUUGGCCCCAAGGAACCUCGUCUCCUACCUGCCCGGCAAGGUCUCACUCCCCGACAGCGUGCUGGACUGCCGCUUCAUCGAGGAUAUUGUGAGCCCUGGGUGCCGCUCGUUCUUGGAGGAGAACCACAAGCGUAUGAGGUUGGAGCCAGAGUCAGUCAACUUCGACAGCAUGCCGCGGCUAUACAUGGACCCGGUGCUGAAGAGGAACCCCAAAUCCUACCGCGCGCAGCUUCUCAGCAGUGAGGGUUUCGGCCGGAUCGAGAUCGAGUUGCCGCCUGGUGUUCUGCCCUCGUCGGCUGAGGGGCAGCGGCUCCUGGAUGCCUUCGCCGUCUACGUGGCCACCACCGACGUGAAGGACUGCUUCUACCGGAUGCGCGUACGCGAGGACCUUGGCCGCUACUUCUGCCUGCCCGCCGUCCCCAAGUACGUGUUCGACGGCCUGCAGGUGGCCGGCGUCCCGGCGGAGACCCCGCCAGACGCUCCCGUGCGGCCCUACUUGGCCGUGCUGCCCACGGGGUUCACGUGGUCGUUGUACCUGGCCCAGGCGGCGAAUGAGGACAGGGUGUGCCGAAGCCCCAGCCUGUGCAAGGCGAUGCCGGCUGGCAGGCAGCAGCCCUUGAUUCAGGACCAGGCCGAGGCCUUCGUGCUUCGCGCCGCCUCGCGCGGGGUCGGGGGCGCCUACGUGCACGUGGACAACCUAGGCGCCGUGUCGGACGACGCCGAUCUCAGCGAGAGGAUGCCGGUCGGGCUGGCGCUCCACAAGUCAGAGUCCCACGGGGGCGCUGGUGAGGCUCUCGGCACCGAGCUUGACGGCGUCCGCCUUCGCUCGGGGAUCACCUCGAGCCGGUUUUGGAAGCUCGAGCGAGGCUUAACUGGCCUUCUCGCUCGGGGGCGUUGCAGCGGCCAGGCGCUUGAAAAAGUAAUCGGGCAUUGCACGUUUUGCGGCCUGGCGGCUCGUGAGUCCCUGUCCAUCUUCCACACUGUCUAUAAGUUCAUUUCGGUUCAGUAUCUCGACGUGGGCCCGAUGUGGCCCGAAGUGGUCGAGGAGCUCGUAGCUUUUAGAGGGGCCCUUUUGCUUCUGGGCCGCGACUGGUGGCUGCCAUGGAACCCUUGCGUUUUAGAAACCGACGCCAGCCUAGCGGGCUGGGCGAUGGCCCAAAGCUUCUGGGGCCCAGCUCAGGUCGCCGGCGUCGGUCGUGUCAGCGAGCGCACCCGUUUCAAGCGCGUCGGUGCUCACUCCGCUCGGGAAUCCGCACUCACCUCCGCCCACCUCUUCCGUGACGAGUCAGGCGAGUGGAGAAGCCAGCUUCUAGGAGACGAUCCUCUUUCAGACGACUGGGAGGUCGUUGCGGGUUUUCCCGAAGUCCCCUGGCAGCUCCUCCGGGGCCCGGCCUGGAAAACCGUCCGGAAGGGGGUUUGGGGCCUUAGCGAGGGUAUUCUGGUGCUGGAGGCCCGGGUCUUGGUAAAGGCCAUCCGCAGGCUCGCCAGGACCAUGCACGGGUCUUGCUUCAGACAACUUUUCUUGUGCGACAAUACGGCCGUGGUCCUAGCUUUCGCCCGCUCGAGGAGUCAGGACUUCAAGCUUCUGGUCCAGAUUCGACGCUUCAACGCUUGCGCUCUUGCCCUUGGCAUCGCCCCAUAUUUUAGAUGGAUCCCUUCGGAGUUUAACCAGAGCGAUGCCGGGAGCCGCGAUCACUCGGAAUCUGUCCCGACGGAUGUGGGCUCGGACGCUGCGGCCGACGUGGGCCCCAGUGCGGCCGAUCUCUCCAGGACCGCUUCGUGUUCGGCCGAGACCUGGCGUUCGCCCGCCGCCUUGCCCGAGUGCUCCGCUGGCGGGGAGGGCGAGGGCGAGUGCGCUGACGGGACCCCAGAGAGCGACGGAGGCACGUGGCCCCAGAGCCCGCCUCGACGUGCCGACGGGGGUCCACGGCGCCCGACCGGCCCGGACAUGCUCGGAGCGCCGCCCUUGCCAGCCGCCGACGACCUCGCUCCCGCGGCCUCCGCUGGCGACGACGAGGCGGGCGCCGAGGGAGAGGGCGAGUCGAACGGGCCCGACAACGUGGUGAACCAUGCGACGGCGGCUUCGAGGAGAUCUCGCCGCCUCCAGGACUCCCGACACCAACGCCAAGCGGCCCUCCACACGGACAUGUUCAUGCAGGCCCGUCUGGUGGUGACUCGCCGGGCGAGGGAACGCUACGCCAAUUAUCUCGAUCGUUCUUACUCGCAUGCCGACCCGACCAACGACAAGCUCAUGAGGGGCACGAACGAGGCCGUGGAUUGCUGGGCGUGCGACUACUUCAACGCGAUGUACCUGUCCGAGGAGCAGAGCGGCCUGGAGGACCAGACUGGAACUGCCCUGGUGGACCGGCGCCCAGCUUCCGACCAGCGGGGCAGGGGGGCCCCGCCGCGGACGUGGCGAGCGCUGGAGGCGUGGAGACGACGGGCGCCUCCGCGGACCCGCCGAGCACUGCCGUUCGCCGUGCAGUCGCCGGGGGUGUGGCUGCUGGCGGACAAGGGCCUCCCGCUCAUGGCUCUGUUCUUAGCGGUGGGCCUCUCCGCCUGUUCCAGGUCCUCUUCUCUGGUGGCAGCUCUAAGGUGCGCCCUGGUCCCGCCGCCGCGUGCAACAGUGGGCAGCUGGAACCUUCCGACUCACCCCGAGGAGGAGGGAAGACCGAGCAGGACAAAUCGCUACAACGAGGAGCGCCUCCCGGACUCGAGUUACUUCCAGGGGGCAGGCCCUCUACUCCCCGAGCCCGAGGUGAGUGGAGACCGGCCAAUGCUGUGGCCUUUCGCGUACCUAGAGCUUUCAGAGGCGGUGCAGCUGGCGGCGGCCGAGGACGGGGUCGACAGGCUGACCCUGUACCACCUCCGCCGCUCAGGCGCGAGCAUCGACGCCAGCAGGCUCUCGCGUACCCUAGAGGAGAUGCGGAUGCGGACCUGGCAGUCGCUCGUGCCAAGCUGA